AUGGCAAGCGAUGUCGAUCCACCUGCAACGGGACCCUUUGAGGGGCCCGAGAAAUUACUCGAAAUUUGGUUCCAACCAUCCCCCGCAGACGUGCCAGGAGCCUCCACUAGCAUCGAUGGCAAGUUUGGUCUCAGAAAGGUCUCCAGGGAUGUAUGGGCGGACAUGCUAGAUAUCGUCCAAUGCAAGAUCCUCUCGGUCGUCGAAGGUACGGAAAUGGAUGCCUAUCUCCUCAGUGAAUCUUCUUUCUUCGUCUCCCCACAUCGCAUCAUACUUAAGACUUGUGGAACAACUCUUAAUCUCUUGGGCGUUCCGCGCAUCCUGGAGAUCGCACGCGACCACGCUUCCCUCCCUUCCGUGCACCAGUGCUUCUACUCCCGGAAGACUUUCAUGUUCCCUGAGCGCCAACUUGGUCCUCACAGGGACUGGCUGGCGGAGAUAGAGUUUCUCGACUCCAUAUUUCCGAAUGGAGCGGCCUACACUAUUGGCAAAGUGAACGGCGACCAUUGGUUACUCUACAUUACCACUCCAGGCGAUGAUGGUUUGAAGACAACCUCAGGGUCACCCAUCGAGAACCUGAAGACUCUUCCUGACGUCGAAAGCUGCGAACCAGUCCUCAAGCUGCCAGAGUCCGGGUCAGCGGAUGCCGUCGAGCAGGAUUAUACCAUCGAGAUACUCAUGACGCAUCUGGCACCCGCAGCAUGCCGUCCCUUUAUUUACGACCAUUCUGAUGCAUCCGAGAUCAGACCUUCGGAGCACGCCAGCGCACUGUCAUCCGAGCUGGGUGUAUCCGAGCUAUUCCCUCCCGACGUUACCACCCUCGAUGGAUAUUCCUUCACACCUUGCGGCUACUCGUGCAACGCCCUUAUCAAAUGGCGCGAGAACGCAGGCGUGGAUCCUGCGCACAGCGGUGAGGGCUACUACACCAUCCAUGUUACACCCGAGGAGGGCUGGUCGUACGCCAGUUUCGAAUGCAACGUCCCGCUGCCCACUUCCCCCACCGAGAAGUGCAGUGGCAUCCCCGAUCUUAAGACACUCAUCGGGCGCGUCGUCAGCAUCUUCCAGCCUGGCAGGUUGACGUUAACGCUCUUCAUCUCGAGCGAGGAUAAUGACACCGCAGAGGAGGAGCACGGGGAGAGCGCCGUGGAGGCGGCGCAGAGGGCAUUCAAGGCCGCUCUCACGCUCCCCAGCUCUAAGGUUGUUGAUGCGGACAGCGAAGAGGCAGGAGCGGCUGGUGGAUUCAGAGGUAUCUACCGGCGCACGGACAAGAUCAACUAUGAAUUCGGUGGCUAUGACCUUGCCUUCGCGACUUUCGAACUCCGUCGAUGA